AAAUUCGAGUCCAAACAUCCACACCACUCUCCGCACCGUCGGGCAGGGAAAAAAAAAAAAUCUUUUUCAUCUCCCCGGCGGCGCGCGUGGCUUCUCUUCGCCAUCCGAUGGAAGAGGAGAAAUCGAUGGCGAGAAGCUCCUGCCCUUCCUCGCGGUGGCGGUGCUGCUGCCAGAGCUGGGUCGAUCCAAUGGAAGAGGAGGCUCUUUAUCGCCCACAUGAAGGAAGCUUGCUCUCCGAAAUGGAGCCCCAGAGUAGAAGCCAAGAAGCCAAAUUAGUUAGCUUUUGUAAGGAGAUUAUUGUAGCCAGAAGUACCAUUGAAGAUGAUUCGAUUGUGGGACAUGAACUUUUUCUAGCAAACAGGAGUCGAGAAGCAGAAUCGAUCGGUUUUUCCAAGGAGAUGACUGCAACCAAUAAAACAAGGGCAUGCCAAGACCUGCCAGCAGAAAUGCAUCAAAUUGGAGAUCAGGGUACAGGAACUGCGAAAUCACGGCUGCUUAUGAUCUGUGCUGCAAAUUCCUGGAAACACCCAUCAUUUAUUUUGUGCGAGGAAGGACCUGAACAACAAAAAAGAUUCUCGUGUAAGAUCAUUCUGGAGGUAGAUACAAUCACAAUCACUAUUUUGGAGUGCUUCAGUGAAUCACAACCUCAUGAACAAGAGGCCGAAGAGCAAGCCGCAGAAGGAGCACUAUGGUUUCUCAAUCGCUUGGGACAUACUUAAAGCGGUUGUCGACAAUAUCACUCAGAUUCUCAUCGACUCAUUUUGUCAUCAUUCUAACUUAUUUGACAAAGGGAGCUGAAAAGAGAAGCCUUUUGCUACCAUUGAUUGUGGUAUUUCUUUCUCAAGAGAAAAAAGGUUCUACCAUUGUUGUCUAUGACGCACAAGGAGCUCCAAGCUGAAAAAUCUAAACCGCCAUUAGAGUAGCAGCUCGGAACUAGUCUUAACAACAAUUCGCUCGGGAGAAUGUAAAAUAUAAACACCCUUUGUUUUCUGAAUCAUGAAUCUCUUCAGGUCCAAGCUUUGUAUCGAAUGCUCUUUAUUUGAAAUCUUUACACCAUGUUGCUGCUGAA